GGGGCUGCUCGAACCUGGUGCAGGACGCGAUUAGCGCUGGAGCGCCGGGCUGUGGCAGGGCCUGACCCCGCGGGUAUCUGCAGAGGGCACGUUCGGGCCGGGAGCUGCGGCGACAACCACGUUUCCCGGCGGCCGAGCUGAGUGGAAAGUUGAUUGUAAUGCCGUUCUUAAAGCUCUACAGCCCAUUUUUCAGGAGCAGGGAAUGACAGAAACAGUUCAUAACUGGGAAGACCAUGGUUAUUUAGUAACCUACAUCAAAAAAAAUGGCAGUUUUGCCAAUUUGAGAAUUCACCCUCAUGGAUUAGUGCUGGUGGAUCUGCAGAGCUACAAUGAUGACAUGAAAGGAAGAGAAGAAGUUGAUCAGCUUCUAAACAAAGUAGAAGAAAGAAUGAAAGAAUUGUUUCAUAGUAACAUAAAAAGGGUGAAACGGUUGCCAGCGAUUUUGAGAGGAGGUGUCAUUGAUAGAUACUGGCCCACAGCUGAUGGGCGCCUGGUGGAAUAUGACAUAGAUGAAGUUGUUUAUGAUGAAGAUUCACCUUUUCAGAAUAUUAAAAUUCUGCAUUCAAAACAAUUUGGGAAUAUUCUUAUUCUCAGUGGGGAUGUUAAUCUGGCAGAAAGUGACCUGGCAUAUACUCAGGCCAUAAUGGGCAGUGGAAAGGAAGAUUACACUGGGAAAGAAGUGCUAAUCCUAGGAGGUGGUGAUGGAGGUAUACUAUAUGAGAUAGUCAAACUGAAGCCAAAGAUGGUUACUAUGGUAGAGAUUGACCAAAUGGUGAUUGACGGGUGUAAAAAACACAUGCGUAAAACAUGCGGAGAUGUCUUAGACAAUCUGAAAGGAGAGUGCUACCAGGUUCUAAUUGAAGACUGUAUUCCUGUACUGAAGAGGUAUGCCAAAGAAGGAAGAAUGUUUGAUUAUGUAAUUAAUGAUCUGACAGCUGUUCCAAUCUCCACAUCUCCAGAAGAAGAUUCCACGUGGGAAUUUCUGCGGUUGAUUCUUGACCUCUCAAUGAAAGUCCUGAAACAAGAUGGAAAGUACUUCACACAGGGAAACUGUGUCAAUCUGACUGAUGCCUUGACUCUGUACGAAGAACAGCUUAGCAGGCUUUAUUGUCCUGUGGAGUUUUCAAAAGAAACUGUGUGUGUUCCCUCCUACAUGGAAUUAUGGGUAUUCUACACAAUUUGGAAGAAAAAGACUGACAUCUGAACAUCAAGACUGAGAUUCUUAAAUGUACAUGCUGCAUGGAGCAUAUAGGCCUGCCACAUGCUGCAUAUUGGCAUCUUGAAUCUUUAAAUUAUAUGCUGUAGAUGAUCCUGAAACUUAGUCAUGCUAUUGAUUGUGAAUUCUUUAAAUGUUUUUUUAUUAUUAUUUUAAUUUAAAAGCAAAUGGAAAAUGUAUAUUUUGACAAGCUAGGGUGUUAUUUUUGAAAGUCAACUUAAAGAUGAAUAAGCAGCAAAACUAUAUAGCUGCUGACUGCACUGAACCUUUAGAAUGUGAUCCUUUUUAUUUUUUUGUAGAUCUUCACAAACUGGUUGAUUAAAAAAGACAUCUUUAGCAUUUCAUCUUUGAAGGGUGGUCCAUGGAGUUUUUGUUGUUUUUUUUUUUUCAACAGAUUUUUUUCAUUUAUGGUGCUUUUUAAAAAUGGGAGAGGGUUUUUGUGUGGUUUUGGCUUUUUUUAAUGAACACUGCAUUGCUUCCAUAUAGAGAAGGGCAUAACUAAAAAGAAAAAAAUCUUGUGAGAGAAUACCCUAAGUCCUUUGUUGCAAAGGGAAGAAAGCCGGUCUUAAAUUUUUAUUUACCCUAGUUUCAUUCAUCAUUGCUGUAAUCUCUGCUGCAGAAGAAUCUUUGGCCUUUUACCUCCUGGAAUUCUUUAGUUGCUGCCAUAUUGAUUAUUUGGAUUCUGAUAUAGAUUUGGCAGUAGCUUUGUACUGAAGCAUGAAGAUAAAGGCUGGGCUUUCAUUCCACCACAGUGCAAGAAAUUGAGUGUAAUGAGGUUCAUGUGGGCAUAUCUUCUCCCCAGCCGUAUGGGAAGCACUAGAUUUUUGAAGUAAAGAUAGAGGAUGAAGAAAUGUGGGUGUGAUGUGAUCUAUCUUUAUGUGCACCUGUACUGAAUGUUCUGAAGCAAGUGUGUGUGCGCUUCAGUAGGGUCAGUGAUGGUUGUAUUGCCACAGAUGGCCCAUAUUGUGUGAGGCUCUUGCUCAUUCACUUGCAGUGUAAAAAUCAGUAGAAGCUGGAGUGCAUUGUAGUUCUGUUCUGAAGGAAGAUGCAUUUUUCUUUAGCAGUUAGUUUCUCAUGCUGUCAAAACUUAUUUUUGUAAGAGUCUGCUAUGUAUCAAUUGAAAUAUUUGUGUUUAAAAAUCCACUUGAAAGGAGGUAGGAAGGAUAUGACCAAUAUGUGCAUUUUUUACUUCUCCAAGGUAGAAUAAAAAGUGCGCUAUUUCCCUAAACAUUCUAAUCCUGAACAUAGUGAUGUUUGAUUCAACACCCAUAUCAACAUUUUCUUAGUUUUAUUGGAGAGAGUUGAUGUGCCCCACCAACAUGAAAACAAACCAAACAAAAGCUGUCCUUUAUGUUCUUAAACCAUACAUAAAAAAACCCCUAUUGCAUCCCACAUCUAUAAAGUCUUAGUGGAAUCUCAGUAGCCUGUGCAGAAUUCCAGUCUGAGACUAGAAAAUGUGCCAAAAUUGUUUUUUUCUGUAAUUGGGCAAAAACUGUUAAAAUGUUUUUGGCUUGGAUAGCUGAUAGAUAGAAGCAUUUUUCAGUCUUACUACUUCGAAUUAUCCUGGUUAAUUCUCUUAAUAAUACACAGGGUGCAGUUCUUCCAUGGCCUACAGCUUGUGAAUCACUGAAUACUCACAAAGAACAGAGCUUACCUCUAAAUACAAUAAAGUUUCCUGUAUCUCCCUGAGUGUUCUAGCUCUGUUGAAGGCAUCCUAGAAAAUACUUUAAUAUUAUUACCUGUAAUGUAGCUCUUCAUUUAUGAUCCAGGACUGCAGACAGUUUGUCUAGCUGCAGAUGAAUGCAGAUAUCCUGUAAACAGGUGUAUCCAUAACUUUGCAAGCAUGAAUAUUUCCAUUGGUUCGUAGUGUGAUUACUCAUGUAGAUGAAAUGAAGCACGCGGGGACAGAGCUCAGAGCAUGUGUUCCUGGGUGAGCUUGGCAGAUGUAGAAAUCAGUCACAACAAGUGGGGGUGUUUUGGUUUUUAGCAGGAAAACUUGUGAACUGGAAGAUGACUUAAUCUGCUCAUUGUACCAGGGCUUGUGCUUCCCUUUAGCAUCGCUGCACAGGGGGCUGCUGGGUGUGCAGAGAUGUUCUGUAAAGAUUUCCAGAAUGACCAGGGGACCUGAAUUGCAUAUUAAUAGCUGAGAGGCAGCAGUGCUUGCAAACUUUUCAACUAAUACGGUAUGAAGAGAGUUGGAAUAACUAUUUUUUUUCUUUAACUUUUUUUAAGGUAGUGUUUUAAAGUGAUAGAUGCAGUAUAAAGCAAUUCAGCAAACACUGAACAUUAUAUUUUUUUAAGUUGCUGAAUUGAUUCUGAGCAAAUAUAUACACAUUGUUAGUCUUUAUUUAUUUGUUGCUGUAGUGUAGAUUUUUUUAAAAGAAAAACAAGUCUCUGUGUUAGAAUUUUCAAAUGCAAACUGCUAUAGCUGAUCAGUUUUCCAUGUUUAAGGCCAGUUGGGAAAUGGGUAUGAUUGCUGCACUAUGUAUGCAAACAGUUCCCAAGACAUGGUUAACAUUAGAGGUUUCUUAAUUAUUCUUUGCACUAAAUGCUGCUUCCACCUAGAAGUUAUUGAUUGAUAGUAGUUUGUGCAAGGAGAAGACUGCUGGCAUUGUAUCUACUGCAUCAGUGCAGUGCACAUCUUAAAAUAAAGGUACGCCAUCAUUACUUGUGUGUUUGAAUUGUUAAAUCCAUUGUGGAUUCAGUAUCCAAAUGACAGAAUUGAUGGGUAUGAUGCUUACCAUUGUACCUCCUUUUUCUUUGUCACAUAAACAUACUUCCUGGUCCUUUUAUUGAGUAUCUUUUCUGUCUCAGAGUAAUAAAUUCAGUUAUUUUCCAUAUGAUAAAUGCUCAGAUACUGUGUGGUGUGGAACAGCGCACUGAUAUUUGUAAUGGGGGGAUCACUUGAGGCUUCAGUGAUAUUUGCCUAGAAAGAGUUAAUUUCCUGUACAGCAUUUCAGAUGUGAAUUCUUUGAAGGUCUCUGAGUGGAAGUUUGAGUUUUUCCACUAAAGCAGUAAGUUGGCUUUGGAUGACAGUGUGACUUAUUGCAUGGCACAGAGAAAAGACAGGCUUAGGAGAAGUCACUGUGACACUGAGAAUGAUGGAAACUGGCACAGAAGUUCAGGGAACAGGGAGAAGGGCAUGAACAGGAUGGGACACAUCAAAGAAGUCAUUAAUCUUGCCAAAUCACACCCCAGAAUAAUGUCAUACAAUGAAAGAAAAACAUGAACAUAUUCCAGAAAAUACAGAGAGAUUUACAUGAAUUCCAGUUAACUGGAAAAGAGUAGUAUUUACAUCUGAUUUAAGUACAGUGAUAGCAGAAGCCUUGCUAGUUGGGAAAAAGAAAGGGGGAAGGCUUAACUUUGAGGGGAAAAAAGUCUCACAUACAGAAUAAGGAGUAAUUUUGGAGUGCCUACAUGCACAGUAGGGAAGAUAGGUAUCUUGGGUUUUUAUUUUUGCUGUCUGAGAGGUUGAGGUGUUGACAGCUUGCUGGAGGGAAUAAGGCAAGGGGAUGGGUGAGAAGAGAACUCAAUUUCUUAUUUUAAUUGAGGAAUAGGAGACUGCAGAUGAUGUUGCCUGUGGGUAAUAGGAGGAAGCUGACAAACUUUGCCCACAGAGAGAAGAGUAGUUGGAGUCAUUAGAGAUGCCAAGGGAGCAAGUGAGAGAAGUAGCAAAGUAAGCUACUGCUGCAGUGAUUUAUAAUAGCACUGAGCAGCUUAAAAGUGCCUUUUUGAAAUAUGGAAUGCUCUAAGAAGCAAGGAAUGAGGAAUGUGACAUGGGAACUGGAAGGAUGUGAAGAAGUUUGUUUCGUGGUCGUACAUUGCAGUGAACUUGAGCUUUAAAGGUAGAAGUGGAGAAGGCAGAAAGAAGGAAAAAUAAAAUGUGAAAUUAACUUCAUAAUUGGAAGUGUGAUGAGAAGUAUUCCUGUGGCGUGUCAAGAGAGGAAAGGAUGCAGGGGCAGGAGACAUUAAGUUGGAAAGGACCUGGGGCAAUGAGCUAGGAGGAGGAGCCAGAAAACAGGACAGCACAACAGAUGUGGUGUGUGGGGGUUUGGGGAACACAUCUGGACAUACAAGAAAGUACCAGUUACACUGCCCAGCCUGUGCUCUGAUGGUAUUGGAUGGAGAAGGAAGAGAAACUGGAAACAUUUGGGUUUGAUUUGUUGGUUUUUUUUAAACUGAGUAAUGAGUGCAAGAUGUCUUCUAAGUAUUUUAGAAGGAAAAGAGCUUAACUACUGGAAAUUAAAUGAAGACUAAAAGGAAGCUUCAGAUUAAGGAGUGUUUAAGGGUAGACUGAUUACCGAAGCAAAUAAAUACAAACUUUAUGAAGUCCAAAGGCAAGGCGGCUGUGGGAUUUAACUGUCAUGGAUUGUCACUGCCUGGAGAAAGGAGGAAGGCAGAAGGAUACCAGUGGCAACUCUGCUGUCUUCAGCUCAUGGAACUGAAAUACUGAUCAGAACUGGCAAAUGUACAAUCAUAAUUAAAAAGCACUGCUGCUGCAGCCAUCUGAUUUCAACAUGCCAUGAUAACUGUAUUACUUGAGAGGCUCUCGUGACUCAAUGAUGAAUGCACAUCACAAUGUGCCGUAUUGCCUGUGCAGCACCCAAAUACAAAAGUAUUUUAUUGGUGUAUAAUGGAAACAUUUUUAUGCAACUGUUCUUUGUACAGGCACAGAAAUGCACCAGUGGAAUAAAACAAUAGUUUUAGUAGAUGGGAAUAACAAAGAUGAGUGUGUACAAUUCUGUGAAGUCUUUUCUUGUUCUGGUAGCUGCUAGUAUUAUCUAACACUUCCCCAUUUAACUUUAGUUAAUUAUCAAACCUGAUGGGUUUGAUUUUAAAAAUUAUUUUAGUCCCUGCUUUGUCCUAAUUCUGCUCUUAAGCUCCUCACUGGGAUAUCCUGUGAAAUUACAUGCUAGUGCUUGGCAUGUCUUGUAUA